CUUUUUUCCUACUCUUUUUUUUUUCCUUCCAGAAAAACAAUGUCGUUGGCAUAAACCUUAAACCCUUCAAAACCAUAGUGUCAACAAAUACAAACCGAGAAAAACCCAAAACCUCUGUAACUGUUUUUCUUUACUUGUAUUAUUAUUAUUUGUGUUUUAAUUGAAAAAAUGGAUAAGAACAUUUUUGGAGAUAUUGAUAAUCUUCCUGAGGAAGAUAAGCAAAGAAUGUCCACCAUGGUUAAACAGCUUCAAACUCGAGAUAGUCUUAGGUUGUAUAAUUCAUUAGUGGAGAAAUGUUUCAACAAUUGUGUCAGUACAUUCUAUCGGAGUGCGUUGAACAGGGGAGAGGAAACAUGUGUCCUCAGAUGUGCUGAAAAAUACUUGAGGCUUUCAUCGCAAGUCGGCAUUAAAUUUUCAGAUAUCAACCAAGGAGCACCUACAACAGAUAAACAAUAGUGGUUGGUGUGACCGACUUCAUUAGCUUUGUAUUCUUCUUUACUGUCAAUAACUGGGAAUUAAUUGUUUUUGACUGGUUAAAUUCCUUUAUAGAUAGAAUAAUAAACUGAACUGGAAAUUCUUGAGGUAAGGUUUUAACAUCAA